CUUAUUUUGUUUUGUCAAGGAAAUAGUACUAAUUGUUUCCCGCACUUCCAGAACCAAUUUGGCACACCAAUUCACUUUCACUUCAAAAACUCUCUCUCUUCAACAGUCAACCCAACCCAACCCAACCCGAUGUCUGCAACAAAUCAACAGCACCUUCUCCGAUUACUCGUAAGUUGCCGAAAAAUCACAGCACAAGUAACAAAUCCAGCAACUGAAUCCAUAAUCGCAAUGGCUUCCUCAUCUGAGCAAGAGUUUGUCCCCCAUUAUCGCACUCAUCUCAAUCGAUUUCCUCGCUCUCAUAACUUCUGGGACGCGCGAAUUGCAUCUCGCGUCGGCGAAAAAUUAGGGUUUCGGUUGAAGGAAAUUGGUGUCUCCGACGUUGAAAUCAACAUCAGUGAGGAGCUUUCGCGUCCUCAUCAUCAUCGAAGACUUGUUAUUCCUCUCUUUGAUUCCGUUAAAAGAACUGGAAUUUCCGUCUCCGGCGCCGAUAAAUUGCAGAUCUAGGCUUUUUUAGGGUUAAUUUGAUCGGGAAUUAGAUUUGUUUUCCUCUAACUAUCGUUGCAACAGUACGAUUGAGUAGAUAUAUUUGUAACAAAGUUGAUUUGAUCGGGAAUGAAUGAAUGAUCAUGCUAUUAUGCACUUUGAAAUACCA